AUGCUCGUCGAGUUCUUUGCGCCUUGGUGCGGACACUGCAAGGCGCUCGCACCUCACUACGAGGAGGCGGCGACGGAGCUCAAGAAGAAGAACAUCAAGCUCGCCAAGGUCGACUGCGUUGACCAGGCCGAGCUCUGCCAGGCGCACGGCGUCCAGGGCUACCCCACCCUCAAGGUCUUCCGCAACGGGACGCCGACCGACUACUCGGGCCCGCGCAAGGCCGACGGCAUCAUCAGCUACAUGGUCAAGCAGUCCCUCCCGGCCGUCACGCAGGUGAACGCGGACAGCCUGGACGAGUUCAAGUCGGCCGACAAGAUCGUCGCAGUCGCCUUCCUCCCCACCGCAACCGACGCCCCCGCCCCAGAGUUCAGCCGCGCAGCCGAGAAGCACCGCGAGGACUACCUCUUUGGUCUCUCGGUCGACCCAGAGGCCGCAGAGGCCGCCGGGGUCACGCCCCCCGCUAUCGUCCUCUACCGUGCAUUUGACGACGCCGAGACGACGUACCCGUACCCGGCCGCCAGCGCUUCGAGCGAGGACCUCUCCGAGUGGAUCGCAGGCCUCAGCAUCCCCCUCAUGGACGAGGUGAACGCCGACAACUACAUGGUCUACGCCCAGUCCGGCAAGCCCCUCGCCUACCUCUUUAUCGAUCCCACCGCCGAGGGCAAGGAUGAGCUCGUUUCCUCCAUUCGCGAAAUCGCCGGCGAACACCGUGGCGCUGUCAACUUCGUCUACAUCGAUGCCGUCAAGUUCGGCGACCACGCCAAGGCGCUCAACCUCGCUGAGCCCAAGUGGCCCGCGUUUGUCAUUCAAGACAUCGAGAAGCAGCUCAAAUACCCGCUCUCGCAAGCCGACGACUUCUCUGCCGACUCCGUCAAGGCGCACGCUCAGAAGUUCGCCAAGGGCGAGCUCUCGCCCGAGCUCAAGAGCCAGCCCGUUCCUACCGAACAAGACGAGCCGGUGUACACCGUCGUCAGCAAGAGCUUCGAGGAUGUCGUUUACGACGACGAGAAGGAUGUCUUCAUGGAGUUCUACGCCGCUUGGUGCGGUCACUGCAAGCGUCUUGCGCCCAUCUGGCAGCAACUCGCGGAGAAGUUUGAGGACGCGCCGAGCCUGAUUGUCGGCAAGAUGGACGCGCCCGAGAACGACCUUCCUCCAAGCGUACCCUUCCGUGUCUCUGGCUUCCCUACGCUCAAGUUCAAGCCCGCCGGCGGCCGCGCUUGGGUCGACUACGAGGGCGACCGCAGCCUCGAGAGCUUGAUUGCGUUCGUUGAGGAACACGCCGUGAAGCCGCUCAAGGGCAGCAAACAAAACACCUCGACCGAGGAAACUCAUAUCCACGAGGAGCUGUAG